CAGUCGGGGUUUCCCGUCAGAUCUACCCCCUGUUAACGGAGUUGCGCAUCUGUGUACAGCAGAGCAGAGAGGACUUUGAACUUCUUAGCACUUACUUUUCACUAAGCUCGAGUCUAGACAGACAUAGGAACCGUAGAAACAGAAUUUAAAGCAGCUCGCGUGCAGUAAACAGCUAGUUUGAUUAGCGCUCCGCUAGUGCGAAGUUCUUCUCUUUUAGCCGCUACCGAAAACAACUAGCUUGUUAACUUUCGUUUUCAGCGUUACAUUCUCGGUUGUCUUUAAGAUAUCUGUCGCACUAGAACCGUUUACUUAUUUGUUGUGUUGCUUUUAAACAACCGAGCACCUCUGGAGAAAUGUCCACCUUGCCCGUGAGCAGACCGGAGGAGGGCAGAUCGGACGUGGCCUCUCCACCGAAAAGCAUCAGUUCGGCGCCGUACGAGCAUCCUCAGACGGUCUACGUCAUACUGAACUCAAGCGCUGAAUCUGUCAAUCUCAUCAGCGUUGAACCUCUUCUGCCCGAGUCGGGAAUCGUGGCAGAUAUCGAGGUUGACAGUGUGUUUACUGCAGAUUCAGACAGUUUCUACGAGCUGAAGAGUCAGCCCAUUACCUCAAGUGGAUCUUUGACCUCUGCUGACUCCGUGACCCCUGUGAUGACGUCACGCGUGUUGAUGAGGCAGGAGCUGAUGCGUCAGCAGGCUCAGGACCAGGAGCGACGCGAGGCUCAGAAACAGGCCUCCAGCGCUCAGCUGCGUCUCGCCGACGCCACCCCUGCCAUCUCUGUUGCCUCCAGCCUGCCUGCCACACCUGCCCAGGUGCCCGUGGAAGUGCUGAAGGUUCAGACCCAUUUAGAAAACCCAACAAAGUACCACAUCCAGCAGGCUCAGAGACAGCAAGUGAAGCAGUACCUCUCUCACACCCUCGGAAAUAAAUUAGCCAGUCAGACGGUGGCGACAUCACCCUCGCCCCAGCCUAGUUCUGCCCCAGCCGCUGCCAACAGCACUCCCAGCAGCCCGUUGGCUGUGCUUAGUCUGGGAUCGAACAAAGAAGAGAUCGAGGACGUCAUCGAUGACAUCAUCAGCCUGGAGUCGAGUUUAAACGACGAAUUUAUGACAUUGAUCGACUCGCAGCUUCCCAACACGCUGCCAGUCUCAGGGAAUCUCCUGGAUGUGUACAGCAGUGCAGGGAUGGCAGCGCCAACGAUCACCGUCAGCAACUCCUGCCCAGCAAACCUCCACAAUAAUGUCAAGCAGGAGCUGAGCGAUGCUGAAGCAAAAGCUUUUAUGAAAGAAAGGCAGAAGAAAGAAAACCACAACUUCAAUGCUGAAGCAAAAGCUAUUAUAAAAGAAAGGCAGAAGAAAGACAACCACAACCUCAUCGAGAGAAGGAGAAGAUUCAACAUCAACGACCGCAUUAAGGAACUUGGCGCUCUCAUACCGAAGUCGUCUGACCCUGAGAUGCGCUGGAAUAAAGGAACCAUCCUUAAGGCUUCGGUCGACUACAUCCGAAAACUUCAGAAGGAGCAACAUAGAGCCAAAGAGAUGGAGAUGAGACAGAAGAAGCUGGAGCACGCUAACCGCAGUCUGCUGCUGCGCAUUCAGGAGCUAGAGAUGCAAGCUCGUCUCCACGGCAUCCAGUCAUCCCAGAGCUCAGGUCCUACUCUCGCCCAGCAGCAGACUUUAACUCUGGACCCCAAUCCCAGCAAUGACCUUCUCUCCAAAACCCUCCUUUCUCUUAAUGGAGCAGGGUUCAACCAUAUCACUCCCUCCUCGUUCUUGUCUCCGCCUUCUUCGACUUCCUCUGCCGGCGGGGCGGUCACUAGCCCUCUGGACCUCGCCACGCUCAGCUUUGGCGAGUUAGAUGACCCCUCUUCCUCUGUGUUUAACCCCGCCCUCAUGGCAGAAAUCGGCUUGGGGGAUAUUCUGAUGGAUGACAGUGACGCUCUUUCACCUGUAGGGGGCGCUGAUCCCCUUCUCUCCUCGGUGUCACCGGGAGCCUCCAAAACCAGCAGUCGUAGAAGCAGUUUCAGCAUGGAAGAAGAUUUGUGACAUCCUUAACCCGGACACAGAUUACUUUGGUGAACACUUAAGGAGAAAUUUAAAUAGCUAGAGCUGCUAUGCAACCCAGCGUCUCCAUUCCUGCUUGCGCACUCCAACGAUGGCCAGUAGAGGGCAGCGUAAUGCCAAGGUCAUUUAUUAAUCAUCGUACUGUAGACAGAAAGCAAGUACCAUCAGCAUUUGAUCGACAACAGAGGACAAAAGUGAACUUUGACAUUUGGACAGGACCUCUGAUGGAUAUGUAACAGAAUAUAUGUACAUACAGUAGAGAUUAAGUGCUGAAUUGAUGUUUUUAUUAUGCAGUUGUAGGAAAAGUGUCAAGCACUAUAAUCAUUUUUACGGACAUCUCAGAAAGUGACAAAAAUUCAUCAUGGUUUUUAGAUGAUGUUUUUCAUCUAUUUAAGUCGGUGAUGUCCAAAAGUCUGAGACUUGAAAAUCUGGAACUAAAGUUCAGGAUUUUGAGAAGGUGACGUUUAUAGCCACUUAUCAAAUAAAAACUAAUUUGUGACAUUGAGCUUCAGCACGAGUACUGCUGUCAUUAAACACAAAAUACUAAGAUAAAAUGAAAUUAAAUUUAACUUUCUCAUUUUUUAAACUAAUUAGAAAAUACUAUUUUUGGUCUUAGACUUGUGGUCCUCACUGCAUGUCAUUGUUUUGGUAGCUCAUAAGAUUUGAAAGGGACAAUUUUUAUUUUUAUUGUAAGAACGUCUUCGUUCGGUGCUCGUACAUCCAGGUAUUUGUUCAGCGCGGCAGUAAACUUUUAUGUUUACUGUAAAGCUUUUAUGUCCUCCUGAAAGCCAAGAACUUCCUCUUCACCUUUUCUUCCAUUUCGUGUUUUAAUAUUCUCUAGUCUAGAUUAUUGAAUGAAACCAGUUUUAUGUUGGGACGGUUGAAUCCUAAACAUUUUAUUUACCAGGGUUGCAUUUCUAAAGCAUACCCGCUAUACAAAUUAACAAAAUAUUUGGCAACCUAGAACCAUUAUAUCUACUCGCAUGUCUCUGGCCCUCAAUAUUUGAAUACCAGAAAUCUGUAAUUUGUGUUUAUACGGCGUGUUGACCUUGAUAUCAUCAAACCGAGACCCCAACGAUUCAGAUCACUAGUACUGAAUCAUCUAUGCAAGUAUUUUCCUAAAGAAGUAAAUGUUUAUGUAAACGUAUUAUGGCAUCUGACUUCUUAUCAGUUUAAUACUUUAAAAUACUUUCUUGUAUCAAUCUAGUAGCUCAUUAAUAUUCAUGAGAUGAUUGUUUUCACACAAAAAAUGUCUCAUAAAUAUUUGAAUCAAAAGCCACAAUAGAAGUAAAUAAGGAAACGUCUUCCUUGUAAUGAAGCUUUAAAGUCUGGCUUUAUUUUAUUUUGGUUAAUGCUUUUAAGUAGGGCUGCAACAACUAAUCGAUUCAAAUUGAUAAUGAAAUUGUGUUAUUGUUUAGUUGGUCUGUGACUUCACAGCGCAAACUGUGGGCUUAUAAUUAAAGUCAGGCACAUUUUCUUCAUACAAUGCAAGCUGCACGUUUACCAGGCGCUGCUUCUUCUCACCGCUUGCUUAAAAGCAAGGCAGCGUUGCCAGGUCCUCGGUUCUGAAUCAGGCUAUUUUAAAACUGUUUCUGUAGGUUGAUGUUUUUCUGCAGGUUACAGAUGAAGGAUUUGGUUUAUUAGUUGUUUGGGUUUGGGCUGUGAAUAGUUUUUUGGAUGCCUUUUGGGCUGGUUUGGUAAUGCGGAUCUGGCAACCCUGACAGGACAAUGAAGGAAGCAAAAGCGCAAACCAACACUGGUAAUAAAUGUUUAAUUUUGUCCUUUAAUAUAAUUGAGUUUGUAUUUGUUUAAUUGUUGUUGGGUUUUCAUAAAAAUAGUAUUGAAUCACAAUCGAAGCAUCUGUUUUAAUGUAAGGGAGAAAUUAAGUUUUUUUAUUACUGUAACAACGCAUGUAUAUCACAAUUUUUAUAUCAUAAUGGCUUAUCUAUUUUGUUAAUAACUAGAGAUGCACCGAUAUAAAAAACACUGAUACCGAUUAUUCAGAGUGAUAUCUGCCGAUACCGAUAGUUUGGUGGUUGUAUUAACUUGCAUAAACUAAAUUCUAAAGAUAAAAAUUUCUGAAUGUUAUUCGUUCUUUUUUUAUUGACACGAUACAUCGGCUGUUUUUAAACUAUCAGCUGAUAGUGAGAAAAAUUGCUUUUAACGACUGAUACCGAUAUAUCGGCGCAUCUCUAUUAAUAACGAGUAAUGUUAAUACUCACCAAGGUCUAAAGUUAAAGAUUAAAAUGAGUUUAUUAAUCUGAGGCUCACCAUUACAUCCCUAAAGACUCAAAACAUUUUGUUUGUUUAUGUUUUGACAUUUAAAGAUGUUUUACCAUUUAAAAGCUGCUCAAACUUUUUCAUUUUAGGCUUAAAAUAUCACAAAGAUUAUAUUAGUAAAACUCUGUAGUAGUGUUUGGCUUUGCACUUUUAAAAGUCCACUUCUACACGUGAAUUCCCUAAUUUAGUGCCUUUAUUUAGCUAUAAUAAAUAUUAUUUACGUUUUAUCCGAUUAGUCGAUUAAUCGGAAAAACUAUCCGAUUAAUCUAUAAAAACAAUGGUUUGUUGCAGCCCUACUUUUGAGUAGUAUUAGAUUAGUUGUAUUUAUAUGACAAACUAAAACAAUAAGAGAAGGAACACAUUUGUGUGUGUUUGUUAGCAAUGGCAAACAUCUCUUAAACGGGUCUAGUUAUGCUAAAUCUAUGCCAUAUGUUGCUGGUAAAUAAUGUAUAUAAUAAUGUAUAUUGAAUAUAUGCUCGUAACUAACAUGUGUUUAAAAGAUUUUUAUUUUAUUUUCGACCCUGUACAGCACUCCUACCAUAGAUCAAUUUAUGAAACUUGUGCUUAACAUGACACAAAAUAUAUUUUCAUGGCUAUAGUUAUAAAAGAUGUAUAAAUAUUCCAAAAUGUCCUCCGCCGUGACGGAAGAAGAAAAUCGAUUUACUUUUCUAGUAAAAAUGAGCCAACGGAUGAGCAUAAUCAUCAUAAUAAAUCAAUACUCAUUACUCUUAGAUCUAUGCAAUGUCAGAAUCUCAUGCUUUUGUGUGUGUGUGUGUUGCUGGUUUUGUCGUCUUAUUAAUGCUCAUUUGUGUGUUCACUGCGGGCCUACAGCUGCCUUGUGAAUCUGUAUUCAGAUGCUGCCUGAAUUGUCGUCUCUUUGCUAUUUCCAACUAAAUGACAACUCGUAUCAGUUGUAUUUUGUAUAUAGGUCUUCUUGCACACCCAGCAAUGAGAUUGGGGCGUUGUUGUGCAGUUUGUGGUCAUGUGCUCAGUGCUGUGUCUAUAGGGUAUAUCUAAACAACAAUCAAAGCUUUUACAAUACACUGUAUAUCUGUACCGCAAUGUUUACAUUCAUCUCAUGAAUAUAUUCACUUGUAGAGAUCCAGGCAGACUUGAGCAAACGUGUUGGCUGUUCUGUAUUUCAAUAUUUGUGGAUGCAUAUUCCUGUUUUUUUAACCCUGAGUUACACAGAUUGCCGUCUUGUGAACUCUGUUAGGGGUUUUUUAUUUUUUACUUUUUAGGGAAAUGUAUAAAUAAAGUUGUAAAACAGA